AUAUAAAUAAUUGUCAAAUUUUUAAUUUACCUAUCAAUAAACAUUAAUUAAUAAUAGAAUCUUUCAAAAGUUCGUGUUUAAAUUGAAUAGCUAAAACUAAAAACAUAUACAUAAAUUAUAUGAAUUCGACUUUCAGGUUUCGAUAUAUAAUAAAUUAAUAACCAAUAAUGGUUGACUUGACAAAAACUUGUCGUACUUGUAUGAAAAAUAAUGUAAACAUGGUGGACUUAUUUGGACCAGUUAAAAUAGAAGAAAAUUGUUUGUUAAAAUUAGCUGACGUGUUGACGGAGACAACUUCUUUAGUAAUUUCAAAGGAGGAUGGUUUGCCACAAUUACUAUGCGAUACAUGCGCCAAAACUUUACAAAUUGUUCAUACAUUUCGGCUUCAAGCUGUACAAUCGGAAACCGAACUGAAGAAGAUGUUAUAUUUUACUCCAAUUAAGAAUGAACAGUAUGAGGUAGCAGUUAAACAGGAAGACUCAGAUUAUUUCGACAAUUAUGAAGAUUUCCUCAAUGACAUGGUAUCUGCGAAGCAGGACCCUGAAUCGGAAACAUACGAGUGUAAAACCUGUCAAAAACAAUUUAACAAACACAAAAAGUUUUUGAAACACUUAUCUACACAUGAAUCGGCUAGCUUAUCCUGCCCUAAAUGUAGUAAAAGAUUCCACAGACAGUCGUCAUUGGAGAAACAUUUAUUAAAACAUUGUGAUUUAGCAGAAUGUGAUAUAAAUAACACUGUAGAUAAUAAUAGUUUAGAGGUAAAGAUUGAAAAGGAGAAUGAGGAAUAUAAGUGCAGGGAAUGUGAUGCAGUGUUCAGUAAACCGAGAGCUCUGUUGACACAUUUGAGGAAGCAUGAUAAGUCAGUAAGGGAGAAGUUCAAAUGUGAUCACUGUAACAAGUAUUUUGCUCUAAAAACAUUAUUAAGGCGUCACAUGAGAUUGCAUAUGGGUGACAAGCCCUAUAAAUGCACAGAGUGUACUAAAAGUUAUUCAAGGCGAGACCAAUUGUUGGAUCACAUGAAUAAACAUAAAAAUGUUAAGCCAUAUGUAUGUCCGCAUUGUCAAAAAUCAUUUACACAACUAUGUACGCUAAAAGAUCAUGUACGGAUACACACAGGGGAAACUCCAUUUUUGUGUUCUGAAUGUGGGAAAGGCUUCAACAAUAGAUCUAAUUUACGACAGCAUCUUAUGAGGCAUGCCGGGCUCAAACCGUUUGCUUGCAAGCUGUGUCCUAAAACAUUUUGUACAAAAGGUCAAAUGACAAGUCACAUGAACACACACACGGACGCGCACCCUUACAAAUGUACAGAAUGUAACUCCACAUUCACGAAACCGACGUCCCUGAAGAAACAUAAAUUGAUACAUUUGGGAAUAAAACCGUUUGCAUGUGAUUCUUGUGAUAUGAGGUUCACGUGCAAGGACCACCUGAAGCGGCACCAGCGCAUUCACACCGGCGAGAAGCCGUACCGCUGCGCAUACUGCGAGCGCGCGUUCACGCAGAGCGGCGACCUCGUGAAGCACACGCGGAUGCACGUGGGCCAGAAUAUAUACCAAUGCGACGUAUGCCACAUGAAAUUCCGUCUAUUGCGUGAACUGAAACGUCAUUACCCGUCACACUACGAGGGCAAUGACGGCAAGAGUGACGUUCAGCAAUCAGAUAUGACGAAGGAAUCGGACGGACGGAUAACUAUCACGUUCACAAAUCUGUUGGAUAAAACUAAUGUUGGUGAUAUCACUAUAAAUUUGUCGCCGGAAAAGAGUUAACGAGAAAUGCAUGGUUUGUAUGGAAGUUUAUUGAAGUGAUAUUGGAAGAAUGUAAGUGACGUGUUUUGGUAUUUUAAAGUAAAUUUCGGUGGCUUUGUGGUACUAUUAAUAGUACUAGGUACUGUAUCAGACUCAUAUAUUGCAGAUUUAUUGUACAAAUUAAAUUUAAUCUUUUGAUUUUAACAAAGAAAGUUGUUAUUUUAAAAAUUGUAAAAUAUUUCUUUAUUUUAAAUAAUAUCGUGCUAUUAUAGCAUUUUAUGUUAUGUGUAUCUAAAAAUAUUAAAUCUUUGAAAACGAUAUUAGGUAAAAAAAUUGCGAGUUUCUUGGAUUAUAGAUUAAAAAUUAAAAGUUUUAUAAAAAGGUGCCUAUU